GUGAGCGGUCCCGGCGGUGUGCCUCGGGGGGCCGUGUGUGGUCGUCUCCUGAGAUCCCCCGUGGGCUACGCUCGGGGCUGUGGGACCUGUAAGGAGCUCAGGCCGGUCCUCCGGGGUUCCGCUGCCGUGGGUGAGUGGUCAGCCAGGGAGAGUGCGGAGGAGCCUUUGGGGUAGCGGUGCGAUGAGCAGCUCUGCAGAAGAGGAGGGUGAAUGUGAACGGACAGCAAGGCUAAGAGUGGGAGUAAGAGCAGCCCUCGCUCCUGGAAGCAAGCGCUGCGCUACGCUUAUGGCUCAAGCAAGCAACACAAGGCCUCCCAAUCCUACUUGGCUACGGUUAAUGAGCUUUCUGCCUUAAGUCACCUGCAGGACUGCCCUUUGGCACCUCCAGAAGUGCCGCUGCUACCCAUAUGUAGAGCAGGAGGAUGAUGAAAUUGUAUGGGAUCUGCUGACUGAUUUAUCUGAAAACUAACCUACAAAGAGAGUUGGAUCAGAUGACUUUUGAAGGUCCUCAACCAAUUCUGUGAUUUGAUUCUGCACUCCAGUGUCCAGAAGCUGAAGCUGUCAUCUGCUUUGGAGCAACAUUGCUGGACCUGAUGUUUUAACAGCCGGCUUUCAGGACAUCAAUGUUAUGUGUCUGAUUUGAUAAUUGCCACCAUGUGAGGUUGGAGUAAAUAUAGCACAUCAGGAGCUUUAUUAUAAAUGAGCACUGAUUCAGCCCUUGGGCUGUCAUUUCUUGGCACUUGCAUUGGUGAUUUUUCAGGUACUUUGCUUCUAAGGCAUGGAGAAGGCGAUUGUUCGUCCAUAUAAAAGGCCAAAUGCUCUCUGUAGGCUGAUUUGCUUUCCCUGGGCUGGAGGUGGAACUUCUCACUUUGCUCAAUGGGGCAAACUCUUUAGCAGCUCAAUUGAAGUGUCAGUUGUAAGGCUUCCUGGAAGAGAAAGUCGCGCUAAGGAGCCUUUUGCAAAGGACAUGACAGCUGUCAUUAAUGAAAUAACCAGUGCUUUGCUGAAAGAUCUGCAAGAAAAACCAUUCGCCUUCUUUGGUCACAGUUUUGGAGCUUACAUCAGCUAUGCAGUUGCAGUACACUUGAAAGAAAAGCAUGGACUAGAGCCGAUCCAUCUUUUUUUAUCAGGGGUAUAUGCCCCACAUUCUGAAGCAUUUCUUCUGAUGGGAAAAGUAAACGAAGCAAAGGAUGAAGACAUUCUUGAACAUGUCAAAUUCUUAGGAGGAACUCCUUCUGAGUUUCUGAAAAAUGAGGACAUCAAGAAACACUUGAUACUUACUGUAAGAAAAGAUGUUAGCAUUCUUCAGACAUACUCUUUCGAGAAGGCAGAAAGAAAAACCAUCUUCUCUUGUGAUGUCACCUGCUUUGAUGGCUCUGAAGAAACAGUGCAUGAUGCCGAAGCCUGGCUCAAUAUAACCAGAGGAGAUACUUCCAUUUACAGUCUUCCUGGAGGUCACUUUUAUCUGCUGGAACCUUCAAAUGAAAUUUUCUUGAUAAAACACAUAACCAAGUGCAUAGAAAAUGCUGCUUUAUGAGUAUUUCCCUCUAUUUUAAUAGCAAGUGCAAGUCUACAGCACUUAAUAAUUAAGUCAUUCUUUCUGCUGAAUUGCACUGUUAUGCCUAAAAGUUACUCUGU